AUGAAAAGUAGUCUUCUGAUCUUAGGCCAUUUCCUUUCCCUCGCUUUGAGUCUCCCGGCCGACGGGACUGUCAAGCGUCAAGGAAGUCCGACGGUCGUGAUUCCAUCGCCGGAUGCGACAAUUGUUGGGCUCCAAAUAGGAACCGUUGAUCAGUUUCAGGGGAUUCCUUUUGCAAAGCCGCCGGUGGGACCGUUGCGAUACAAUCCUCCACAACCGCUUGACCAAGAUAAGUCAUUAGGCACUAUUAAUGCCAUCGGGCUGGGACCUACCUGUCCUCAAAACCUUGUCGACACAAACUUUGCAGAUGGCUUACCUCAGGCAGCCCUUGGGGUUCUCAUCAACACGCCAUUGUUCCAAAAGGUCGGAAACAUAAAUGAAGACUGCCUGUAUCUCAACGUAUAUCGACCGGCAGGCAUCGACCCGUCUGCUAAAUUGCCAGUCUUGUUCUGGAUGCACGGAGGAGGGUUUGAAAUGGGCUUCACCAUGCCAAGCGAAGGCGUCCCAUUCGUGGCGGACUCCGUCGCGCAGGGCAAACCCAUCAUUUUCGUGGCCGUGGAGUAUCGAGUCGGAGGUUUUGGUUUUUUGGCCGGCAAGGAGGUUCUCGCCGCCGGAGUUGGCAAUCUUGGCCUACUCGAUCAGCGACAAGGGAUGAAAUGGGUUGCGGAUAACAUCGAAGCCUUCGGCGGUGACCCGGAAAAGGUCACUAUCUGGGGCGAAUCGGCGGGGUCGAUCUCUGUGUUCGAUCAUUUGAUUCUUUACGAUGGCGACAACACUUACAACGGAAAGCCCCUUUUCCGAGCGGGUAUCAUGAACUCGGGUAGCGUUGUGCCUGCGGACCCCCUCGAUUGCGAGAAGGCUCAAUGGGUGUAUGAUCACAUUGUCGAGAAGGCACAAUGCUCGGGUGCACCAGACACUCUUCAGUGCCUUCGUGAAGCGGACUAUCAGACACUACUCUGGGCCACAACGGACAUACCAACCUUUACCGGCUAUCAGUCCAUCGCCCUUCGAUUUCUGCCACGGCCGGACGGAAAGGUCAUGACAAAGUCUCCAGAUCUCUUAGUCCAGGAAGGAAAAUUUGCAAAAGUGCCGAUCAUCAUUGGUGACGAGGAAGACGAGGGUACGCUCUGGGCACUCAUGCAAUUCAACAUCACAACUACGGAUCAGGUUGCCGACUACUUGGGACAGUAUUUCUUCCACCACGCAACGUUGCAGGACAUGGAGACCUUUGUCGGAACAUAUCAAACAAUCACGGAGGACGGCUCGCCUUUUCGCACUGGUCUGCUGAACAACUGGUACCCCCAGUUCAAGCGUCUCGCGGCCAUCUUGGGUGAUCUCGCCUUCACCCUCAGCCGACGAUACUUCCUCCACAUCAGAGAGGCGGCCGUGCCCGGCUUACCGGCGUGGUCUUACAUGUCUUCGUACUUUUACGGCCUUCCAAUUCUCGGAACGGUCCAUGGAAGCGACAUUUUCCACAUCGUAUGGAGUGUUCCGUACGACUACGCAACCCACACUAUGCACUCAUACUACUUGUCCUUCAUUACCGACCUAGAUCCCAACUCGAACAACAGUGCGCCACACUGGCCCCAAUGGCGGGAGUCGAACCAGCUGCUGAAUCUCUUCUCAAGCUACCUGCAAUUCAUCCCGGACAACUUCCGCUCCGAUUCGUACGAUUGGAUCAGCAGCCACGUGCCACAACUCACGAUGUGAUGAGAGAAGUUGAGAGCAAG